UGGAGUGGGUGUAGUAUAUAUAAAGGUGUCAAGUGCGAGAAGCCUCUGCUUGCAUUACAAAACCAUCAAUCAUCAAUCAAUCAUGUUUAUUAGAGAAGGGAAAGAUCGAUCAGCACAACACAACACAACAAUGGUGGUGGUGGGAAGUCACGUACAAAACAAGCUCCGGCUAGUCCUGGGCACAAUGAAGGAUCAUGCAUCCAUUGGCAAGGCCAUGAUAUGCAGAGUUGUCGGCAACAGCAGCAGCGUGGACGAUGGCAGCAGGUGGUUUACAGGCAUAGAAAUAGCAGUGGUUCGAGCCACAGGGCACGACAACGCUCCCAUCGACGACAAGCACAUGCACGAGAUCCUCUUCCUCGUCUCAAACGCUCCUCCUGGCUCCGUCCCUUUUCUUGCAGAAAGGAUCUCCCGCCGCCUCGACAAGACCCGUGAUCGCAACGUUGCCCUCAAGACGCUCUUGCUCGUCCAUCGUCUCCUGCGCGGAGGGGAUCGCUAUUUCGAGCAAGACCUUCGUAAUGCCCACCUCUCCGGCCAUCUCCAAAUAAUGAUUAACUACUACAAACGCUGGCGGUGGUGUCGUAGCUCUGGGGCUUUCUCUAAUUUGAUCUCCUCCUGCAUGAACAGCAACGGCAACACUAGGAAGAAGUCCUCAUCGUAUAAGAAGAAGAAUGAUCAAAACGGUAGUGGUACCCAUAAUUAUAAGGCGGCACAGCAGCAUUUAAUUUCAUCAUCCAGCUGUGUUGGUGGUCCUGAUCCUGAUCCUGAUCCUGAUCCUUCCAUCUGCUUUCUACUGAAUUACGCGGCUUUCCUGGAAGAACGGAUGGGGUGGGUAAUCAAUCAAGCAGGGAAGCUUGAGCCCAUCAUGACGACGUUCCAGCAGGUAAAGGAGUAUCAUCAUCGGUUGUACGAAUUAGACAAGUCCAUAGAGACCCUAGUGUUCCGAAGGUUACCCAAAUAUCAGGCGUUCUUGGAUCGUGUUUUGGAUUGCUCACCGGCACUGCCGCUGCUCCUCCUCCGUAUCGACGAAGACCUAACUCGAGCAGCCAUGAACAACAUCCUCAAAGAGACCUUCCAAGUCUACAUGGGUUUCUGUGAAGGAGUGGCUACCCUCCUCGAUUCCUUCUUCGAUUUUAAGAAUCCAUCCGCAAGGCUCUUGGCUCUCCAACUUCUCAAGACAGCUUCUCGCCUUACCUACCAGCUCUCCAAUUUCUUCAAAAUUUGCAAGAGAAUCGUCGGUACCAAGAAUUUGGAUUACCCAACCGUUCAGGUCAUCAUUUCUAAUCAUUUCUUGGCUAUGGAACCAUUCUUAUUAAGCCCUUCUUCGUCGUCCUCCUCGUCCUCGUCCUCAUCAUCGUCAUCAUCAUCAUCAUCAUCCAUGAAUAAUGACUCUUCUUGCACUUUGUCCAGCAAAACCACCGCAACUAGUUCAUCAUCUCCUCCUCCUUUUUGCGAAUAUCUCAGUGAUCAGACGCAAGUCACUGUCACCAUACCCAGAGCCAAAAUAGGCCAAGAAGAAGAAGGAGAAGCAGCAGCGACAAAACAGACAAGUACUGGUAGUAGUGGUACAUCUCCAUCAUUAUCAACUCAUCAUCCUUUCUCUUGUAGUAGAUUGGAGACUAAAAUAAGCAAGGUAUGGAUAGUGUUCGACAAUGAAGAGUACUCAUCCCAAAAUGCUAAUUUCUCUACUCGGUUUGGAGGACCCAAUACUAGUACUGAUCAAUACUCGUCGACAACUACUGACGACGAGCUGGACCUGGAUCUUCCUCUACCUCUUCCCUCCAACCACCAACGAUUAGGGGAAUGCAAUAUAGAUGAGAUAAACAACCAACAUGGGAAACCUGCUUGUAAUUGUUAUAACCCAUUCACAGUUUUUGGUUGUCGUUGAAUCAUCAUAAUAUUAUAUGUAUGAUAUGAUUGAGAGUAGUUCUGAACUUACACACCAUUACAAGGAUGGUGCUGUACUGAGUGUAUAUCCCCUGGAUAUCUAUGUAUUUGUGUUAAUU